AAAAGAAUUGUAUAGAAUUAUUUUGAUCCAAUACUCAGCUCCCUCGCUAGUACAGUACGGGCCCUUGAAUCAGCUUCUUAUUUGUCAUUGUUUGUAUUUUAUACCGAACCAACAGGAACGUGUUCGGGUUGAAGGGGUUGGACGGACUCGCAGCUGGCCAGAGAUAAGUCAAUUUCACUACUGAGGAGACAGGAGUCAGUAGAUGGUGGACGGUGCAUGGAGCAGGAGGAUGAUGUUCUUACCAUGUACCUCACGAACACUCUCGUCCACAAAACUUUUCAAGUGUAUUGUAAUACCGGUGGCUAAUUAUACCAGUAACUACAGGUUAGCUGAAGUUGGCAAAUUUGAAUCUCCAAAAUUGACAGGAAAAUAUGAAACAGGUCAGCUGUUCCUACACCGAGUGUUUGGUUACCGAGGGGUUGUUCUCUUCCCAUGGCUGGCCAGAGUCUAUGACAGAGAUGUCCCUAAUAAAAAGGAAUCCAAACCAAUAGAAGAGAAUAUGAACUAUAACCAAGUUGGAAAAGAGGUGAAAGGAAGAGCUCACACAUACUAUCAAGUGCUUAUCGAUUCUCGAGAUUGCCCAUACAUUGUAAGUACAAGAGCCCAGACUGAAGCUGUUACAUUCUUAGGUAAUCAAGACAAUGGCAGAACCCUAUAUGCAGUGCCAGGACUAGAUUACAUAGGACACGAAGAUGUGAUGCCAUAUGUUGCAGGAAGCAAAAGGCCGAUCAGACAUGACUUAUUUGAUAAGUUUUUGUCAUAUGUCCCAGAGAAAGACCCACCAUUUGGUGCUCGUGAAACACUGAUGGCAUGGCAGGAGCGUAAUCACCCAUGGCUGGAGCUCUCCGAUGUACACAAGGAAACUACGGAGAACAUCAGAGUCACCGUUAUACCCUUUUAUAUGGGAUGUAGAGAAUCACAGAAUGCCAAUGUUUAUUGGUGGCGGUACUGCAUUCGUCUAGAAAACCUAGGAGAUUUGACAGUGCAGUUGAGAGAGAGACACUGGCGCAUAUUCAGCUUGUCUGGGACUUUGGAGACAGUGCGUGGACGGGGUGUUGUGGGACAGGAGCCAGUACUCUCCAGUCAACAGCCGGCCUUCCAGUACUCAUCCCACGUGUCCCUACAAGCACCGUCCGGACACAUGUGGGGCACUUUCCGAAUGGAGAGAGAAGACGGAUUUACAUUUGAUUGUCGCAUCCCACCAUUUUCAUUAGAAAGUAAACAGGAUGAUAACACACAACCGAGUGGUAUUAUUUAAUAGGCAUUGUUUGUCAUCACAGCCACUAUCUGAGAAUUAAAGACAAUAACCAAAAUAAUUCUUAGGUGCAAAGAAAGUGAUGUAAAGAUAUUUAUUUUAUAGUUCAGUGUAUUAAUCGAGUUGAAAGUUAAGAGAACUCCUUAAUUCAUCAGUAGAAUUGGUAAUCAAGUUCAAGUCAGGUAAUGGCAAUCAUCAUAUAUAUCGGUUGUCAAUCUGUGUUUACUAAGAUGUAUUAAGGUUGUUCCUGUAACAUAUUAUGUAUAUAUACUGUACUUUGUAAGUAUGUUGUUAAAGCAAUAUUGAUCACCCUCUAUAAGAAAUUCAUUUUGUAUUACUAGAAAUUUAAUUUUCUUAUGAAUGAAACUUAAUAAAUGUUUUUAAGAUUAAAUUUUUAUUAAUAACUUUUUAGGACUGACUUAAGUGACCAGUAAAACAGUGGACAUAUCUGGAAUUGUGAAAUCACUUACGCAGCCUUCUCAAGCUCUGUUUAGUAAUUAAUUUGGAAAAACCUUAACAGCCAAACAUAAGCCAUAGCAUGGCUUGACUUAUUUAGUGUUUUCAUAAAAUUUAAUCUUAAAUUGUACUAUAAUCACAAAUAUUGAUAUCCUUUAUGUGUCUUAGAGGUAUCAAUUUCAUCUUAUCCCAAAUAUCAUAAAUGCUAUCCCUUUGAAAAGCCACGAUUGUUGCAGUGGGAUAGCUGAAAAUUAUCCGCAAACAGCUACAGUGGGAAAAGUGAUUGGGAAUCACUUUCCUGUGUGGGCAUGACUUACCCAUGGAGACCACUGCAUAGAAUUUUACAUCAUUCACUCUAAAAAGGUACUGUAGUUUCACUGGACUGUCCAGCCAUGGCAUGUGCAUUUCUUAAGGCCAAAUUAUUUAAGUAGUCACCAUGUUUAUUGUCAAUGGCUCCAGAAAAAAAAUCUCCCACUGAUUUAAAUAAAUCUGUUAAUUUACUGGAGAAAACCAUAAGACUGUGCAAUGGUCCCACAUCCACUACUUGUCUAUUGAUAUUCGACUUUAAUUCCUCUUGUACUUGUGUACUGUAAUUCAACUUCACUUUUGUCAAAACCUCCUUCCUAUACUUGUCCUUUCAGAAUUGCUCAUUAUCUCUUACUGGGUCCUUCAACAUGAGAGGGAAUAUAACAUGAUGCUGUCUAUCAGUCAAACUUUUAGCUAUGAUAUUUGUGCCUCUCACUAUUGUCUAGUUUAAUUCCUGGCCUGGGAUAUGAGUGAGAAUGGUGUUAUCCAUUGUGACUGUACCAAAUUUUGCAGUGAGUACUGGGUACUCGUUUCCUCCUAUACUGUACUGGUCAAUGAAAACCGUAACAAAGAACUGACCAACAGGACGAAUGGUUAGUGAACUGAUAAGUUGUAGAAAAGCUAAUUAUGUACCUCUAGCAUCUUAGUUGUCGUUUGAGCAAGUGUUGGUUGACUAUUCAGUUUUAACUUACCCAUCCAUGCAUUCAGUGUGUCCGUCCUUCAAAUGAUUCUUGCAUAGGUAAAUAAACUGUCAUCCACACCCCUUUACCAUGGAAAUAAUGUUGAAAUUAGAGUGUGAGGGGAGACCAGAAGCCAUUCAUACACAUAUACAGCUAUACAAACAUAUACCUAAAAGAUACAUUUAAAUUACAUGAAAAAAAAAAUUUGCGCGAGACGGUACAAAGCCUCUUUAUUGGCUCGUAUCUCAAAACUAAUAUUUUUUUUCAUUAAAAUUUUAAAACCCUCAAUUGCAGUGGAGUUGCAAACUCGAUUUUAAAAUUUGUGGCCAAAAAUUCAAAAUUUGUGGCAAAGCACCGGUUACUUCAGCGCUCAUUUAUAAAGGAAACUAUAAAAGUUGAGGAAAUAUCGUUUCAAUGCACUUAUGUUACUUAGAAAUCAAGAAACUAUAAUAUAAACCUAUUAAAUCAGAAAAAAAUGAAGUGGGAAUGAAUUGUGUGUGAGGGAAGGAGGGUGGGCAGCCGGCUGAACUCGCCACCCCUUUAUAACUGUAAUUUCACCAUAAUUCUCAUAAUAGAUUCAUUUGGUGCUGGGAUAAUAAAUUAAAGUAAAAUAAUCCCCCCCCCAAAAAAAAAAAAAAAUAAAAUAUCCAAUGCUAGACCCCAGAUGAGUUAUCCAGUUGUAUUAAAUUCCUGGUAGUUUGUUUACAUAAUAGACAAACAACUGACGAGCCUGCCUGCCUCCAUGUUGGUUUAACAGUGUCACCUAGAUGAUGAUUAUGAGAAGAGAAGCGGUUUAUGUAAUAUAGAACUACUACUUGUACAAUAUCUGUCUCUCAGUACUGUAUUUUUGUAUGGGUUAUGUAUGAUAUUUAGUGUUUAUUAAAGCAGUUUUGGAACA